AUGCAACUAAUUUUGAAUGCAUGGAGGAACCGUACUGGUGGAGCAGUUGAUGCAAGUGCAUUUUUGCAAACAUUAGAAUCUCCAAAUGCUAUGCACAAAGAAAAAGAACUUAUUAUUGAAGUAUUCGAUGAUUGGGAUGUUUUAACAAACACAUGGUUUGAGGUCGCGGAUUCAUUAUCCUUCAUCGAAGGUUUGUACGAAGAUACUACUUUCCCAGCCAGAGAUAAAGCUGCUCUUCUCUCAUCUAAGGUCGCUUUUUGCUUGGAAGAUUACCAAUUGGCUUUAACUCUUGCCCUUUCUGCCGGUACAGCUUUCCAACUCACUCCUCGUCCUUCUUCAACUUUAGUCGGAAACAAAGAUGAAGAGUACGUAAAUAAGAUCAUCGAAGUUGCUCUGGAUACAUACAAGUUAUCCCGCAACGAAGGUACCGAAAUCGACAAUAGAUUAGAAGCUUUGGUUAAUCGCUUAUUCGAGAGAAAUCUUGAGAAGAAAGAAUUCCGUUAUGUCGUUGGGCUUGCUCUGGAAACUCGUCGUGUUGAUAUGGUCGAACGUGCCAUUAAAUCAAGCAAUGAUGUGUCAGGUUUAUUGACUGAAACUGUUCAAAAAGUUUUGGAUGGGCAACUUGAUGCUAAUCUCCGUAAUUCCUUGUUGGAUAUGCUUCUUACCAUCUUCUCCACCCAGGAUCAACCAGACUUCGUAGCUCUGGUCCAGUGUCUUAUUCGUCUCGAAAAACCUGCUGACGUUGCUGAUCUCUUGAAUCGCCUUCUGAAUCAAAAUGAAGGAGAGCUGCUUGCUUAUCAAAUUGCUUUUGAUCUCUAUGAAAAUGCGUCCCAACAGUUCAUUGCUAAGAUUUUGACUGUUUUGAACUCGGAAGAAGCCUCCAGAUCAGACGACACGGAAACCGUCGCGGAAAGCUCCAAGAAGGUAAAGGAUAUUCUAUCGGUCUGGGAGGCAGUUACUCCUCACUCAAGGCUCAGAUCUAUCUUACGCGGUGAAGAAACUAUCAAGCAUCAUAUGCAAUUCCUGAUAAAGAAUAACCAUACUGAUAUGCUAAUUUUGAAGGAAAUGAGAGAUUACGUGCGAACAGCUACUGCUCACAACGCCACUGUUGUUUCAAACGGAAUAAUGCAUUUGGGAACCACUUGCGACGACUUCUUGAGAGACAAUCUCGAUUGGAUCAGUAAAGCUACUAACUGGAACAAGUUCAAUGCCGUCGCUUCCCUCGGUCUGAUUCAUAAAGGUCAUGAAACUGCCGCCAUGAAGCUUCUCGAGCCCUAUUUACCUAAGAGUGAAACUGACCAAUACGGCUUUAAGGAAGGAGGAUCUUUAUACGCUUUGGGUCUCAUGCAUGCUAAUCAUGGAAAUCCUUCUGUUAUCAAAUUUUUGAAACAAGAAGUUGCUAAUGCUUCGACAGCCGCUGUUAGACACGGAGCUUGUCUCGGGCUGGGAUUGGCUGCAAUGGGAACCCAUGACCAGGAAGUUUACUUCACACUUCGUGAUGCUCUUUAUCUGGAUGAAGCUGUGACCGGAGAAGCCGCUGGUUUAGCUAUGGGUCUUGUUAUGGUCGGAAGUUUGAAUGAAGCUGCUUUCAACGAAAUGGUACAAUAUGUCAGUGAUACACAGCACGACAAAAUUCAACGCGGUCUCCGAACUGGUAUUGCCAUUUUAGGAUAUGGUCGUCAAGAGGAAUGUGAAAAGUUUGUUACCCCUCUUUUGGAGAACAAGAGUAACGCUGUUCUGAGAGCUACUGGUGUUUGCAUGCUUGCUAUGGCUUACGCCGGAACUGGAAAAGCUGCGGUUACAACUAGAUUGUUGGAGAAGGUAGCAACUGAUCCUAAUAAUGAUGUGAAGCGGUUUGCUGUUAUGGCCUUUGGUUUCCUCCUCAUCAAGUAUGUUUUUUACAUUAUUAUAUGGUUCCGGAUGUCUUUGAGAGAACGGCUUGUAAAAGUAUGA